AGUGACGCGCGGUGAUGGAUGCAUCAGCGGGACCAAAGCACCGGCAUUUACUACAGUCGUUUGAAGGCCGAAAGAAAUCCAGCCGAGGGAUGUCCAGGCUACAGCCUCGACUACUGCUGAAAGGAGAAGAGAGAAAUCGCGAUCGCGAGGGAGAAGAAGAGGAAGACCGCGCGAAGAUUAGAUCCCCAGGAUCCGAGUGUAGGUGGGAUUGGAUUUGGCAGACGCGCGCGCGGCUCGUUGGCGGUAGAUGCCGAUGAUGCGAGAAGGAGUAGGACAAGAAGAAGGGGCAAGGGGGUGGAGUUUGGUCGGUGUCCGAACGACGGAGAGGAGACUCGGAGUAGGGUACAGGGAGAAAUGCAGACCAGGGUAGAGGAAGAUGGGGUGGAGCGCGGAAGAGAGAUGAGAAGAGGCCGUAAGUGACAGAACGGUGGUUGGUAUAGGUGAACUGUUGGACAACACCGAACCACCCGAACUGCACUCGGCGGUAUUUAAGGGAGAGCCGCGAGCGUAGCGCGCCAGUUGUUAACACGGCCGGUCGGUGGUUGGUUCCCGCGGAUUGACACUUGCCUGUCAGUCGAGUCGCGUGGCAUCCAGUCGAGUGAGAAUACGUGGCCGAGCUGAGAGGGAUAAGUUGUAAAUUCAGUAAAUGAGACGAAUAAUUUCGAGACGAACGAACUCGGAAUAUUAUUCAACGGGGCAAUUUUGACAGCCACGUGAUCGUCCUCCCGCGUUCGCCAAUUUGUCUUUGGCGCGAUAAAAAAAAAGACGAUCGCGUAAACGCGCAAGUGCGAAGAACAGAGUGAAUAUAUGGGGAAUCGCGUAUAGUUUCUCUCCAAAUCGGCGCGACGACGUUAUGUGAGAGUACACACAUAUGGCAUUACUUGAAGAUCGGGAGAAUUCGAUAGCUUUGAAUCUUGGAUGGUACAGAUGAGUGUAUCAAAGAGGUACCACCCGAUGCUGCUGCUGUUGGCAUUGGGAUUGAUUUUCAGGCAAUCGUCCGUCGGAGCUUACCUGUCACAAGAAGGUACAUAUUUUGCACGAUCAAAUGUUUCGUCCGAAUUCACCGGGACGUCUUCCAGCCGCAGCAUCUCGAUCAUCAGGAUCUCGUCCGAUGAGCGAUUGGAGCGGAUCAUUUGGUGGUCCGGAGCUUGCGCCAAGGAGACUGUUGUCAAUUGGGGAAACACGGACGUGAUGCUGCGGCAGGUUUGGCUUCGAAAGUCAAGCAGAAAGCUGCAAUUGAUAUACGCCGGCGAAACUUUGACCGAUUGCAUUGACGAGAAGCUCGCACGGUGGGAUGACAGCGAGUGUUUGCCCAGCUCUCGCCGCGUCUAUCACUAUCACGAUGACGGUGACGAGGUGUCGAUCGAGGUGUUCCAACUCGACGGCGAGGACGCUUCGAGGAUACCCCGCGAUCUCUCUUGGCUAUUGUCGUCAUCGGAGCUUCAUUAUCAGUGCGAUCGUGUGAGAAUGCGAGUACGAGACCAAGUCGCGACUCAAAAUCGACAUAGGUACAUCACCCCUCGACACCACCCUCCUCCUUCUCCCCCAUCCUUAUGGGCGACAAUCAAGUGCGUGGCGGAAAGGAGAGGGAGUGAAAAAGAUUCUUCUUGUAAUAAACGCAGGAAAUACGCGAACUCGGCGACCAACGCGACGAACAUUGGGAAAAAACGGGGCCGGAAUCGGACCCGAAGGGAGCUAUUCAUGAUCCCGGGAACGCAAUGGUGCGGCCGCGGGGACCGCGCCACCAAAUACACGAAUCUGGGCGGCUUCGGGCUGGCCGAUGCCUGUUGUCGCAAGCACGACACGUCCUGUCCCUUUCAUAUACCGGCGUUCGGGAAGCGUUACGGCGUUUUCAACUGGAGAAUAUCGAGCAUGAUGCAUUGCGCCUGCGACGAGCGAUUUCGCACAUGUUUGAAGAUGGCCGGGACUACGUCGGCGGAUUUUAUAGGCAAGAUCUUCUUCGAUGUGCUGCAAUCAAAGUGCUUUAUUUUGAAACCGCAAAAAGUGUGCGUGAAACGAUCUUGGUGGGGCAAAUGUCAACAUCACGAAUACCGAAAACAAGCUCACGUACGGGAUAAUGUUCCUUACUAAGGCUGUAAAGCGCAAGGGAUCGCGAAACGCGUAAACAGAUAAUGAAAUAUCCUUCUUCCGGAGAUGUCAAUAGCAGUUCUCAGGGAUGUAAUAUUUUGUCGAAAUAUUUAUAAUACAUAUAUCAAAUGAAAAAGACGCAAAAAGAAAAAAUCGAUUACUAAAUCGAGAUGUAUCGCCAAAGGCACGAUCGACAAUAUAUCGUAAUAUCUUUAAUACGAAGAAUAUUAUUAUAUAUUAAGAAUCGUUAUUAUAUAUUAA